GUACAGCCCAUGUGCGGUCAUGUAACAGCACGAUCCGGGAAGUAGCAGGCAGUCCUCUCCGGAGAUGUGGGGAGCAAUGCUGUGGUGUCUGCUGCUUGCCUUGUCCGGGCUCAGCCUGGCCCAGGACGUGCCCCCGUACACAGAAGAUUGCAGAAGUGGAACCUACCCUCCCAGUGGCCCUACGUACCGAGGAGAUGUCUCCUGGUACACAGUGAAUCUGGACCAACCACCGAGUGAUCGAUGGAGGAAGAUAAUAAGUGAUAAGAAACAGCCACUAACAGCAAUGAUGCAACAUAUUAAGGACCUGACGAAAUAUAUCUUUCAUACUGAGAAACUUAUCGACUUGGUGGAUACGAAACUGCCAGGUCUUGUUGGAAAGCUUCCACCGCCAUUUGAUGAAGAAAUUAAAGGAAUUGCAGAUGAAUCUGGAUUGCCAUUAGGAGAAGUCAUGUUAUUCAAUAUCUUCUAUGAAAUCUUCACCGUGUGCACGUCUGUCGUGGCAGAGGAUACAUCUGGAAAGUUAUUACAUGCCAGAAACCUGGACUUCGGGUUAUUCCUUGGAUGGGAUGUGAAGAAUAGUACGUGGAUGAUCUCUGAGCUGCUCAAACCUUUGGUUGUCAAUGUAAACUUCCAACGAAACAAUAAGACCGUUUUCGUGUCUACGGGCUUUGCUGGAUAUGUUGGAAUGUUAACUGGAAUGAAACCAGGAAUACUGACUCUCACCAUGAACGAGAGAUUUAGUCUUGAUGGUGGCUAUAUUGGUGUUCUUGAAUGGAUCUUGGGAAUAAGGCAAGGGGCUUGGAUGAGCUUUCUCACCAGAAGUGUGCUGGAGAAUGCUACAAGUUAUGAGGAAGCCAAAACCCUUUUGUCAAAAACAGUUCUGCUAGCACCUGCUUACUUCAUACUGGGUGGCAACCAAUCCGGGGAAGGCUGCGUGAUCACUCGCUCCAGACAAUCCUGCCUUGAUAUUUGGGAGCUCGAUAUUCAGAAAGGCAAGUGGUAUGUCCUUGAAACAAACUAUGACCACUGGAAGCCACCCCUACCCAUUGAUAACAGAAGGGAUCCAGCAAUGAAGUGCAUGAAUAGGACCACCCAGAAGAAUAUUUCAAUUGCCACAAUCUAUGAUAUGCUGUCAACAAAACCUGUCCUGAACAAGCUUACGACAUAUACAACAGUGAUGUCCGUAUCUGAGAACAAGCUUGAAGGCUAUCUCCGGGACUGCCCGGACCCCUGCAUGCCUUGGUGAGGCGAACCCAUAUAAAGGAACCAGGCACCCUAGGCCUUUGUGCUAUAUACAGAGGGUCAGAAGAAAUACAACAUGCUGCCUUCUAAACUGGCCGGAGUAACGCACAUUACUAAACUGCUGCUAUUGUAAUUCUCUUUGAAGCCAAAUGCACUAGGAGGGAGUUUUAAUAAUAAUUUUAAUAGUUUUAAUAAUUCAGAUCCUGUCAGUUAUUUAAUCUACAGUACAUUGGACUUACUGAUUUAUUUUAUUCCUACAGUCAAGCUUGGUCACCUACAGCAAUGUUGACCUUCCAUAGUUCAGACCUUUGUGUCAGGGAAGACUAGUGAAGUGAGGUCACUCUGAGUACGGUUUUGGCAUUUGUGCCCAUUUUCCCUCUUUGUAAUCCUGUCUGUAUAUAUAAUCCUGAAGUGUAUAUAUAGGUAUCAAAAUCUCAGAAAAGCCCUUGAAGGGCUGUGGAGUUUGUGGGGCAGAGUUGGAGAUUAGGGAAUUUUCCCAGAAUUUGUUUCUGGUCUGAUUUUGAUUCCAUUUGAAUAAAUUUGGUUUGACUCAAAAGUA